CGACUCAGAAGACUGUCGACUAAAUAUAGGACUGAAAAGAUCUACCCCACAAACAUUGGAGAAAAGGAAGAAAAUGUUAAAAAGAACAGAUAUAAAGACAUCUUGCCAUUUGACCAUAGCAGGGUGAAACUUGCAUUGAAAAUUUCAGAUCAAGAUUCAGAUUAUAUCAAUGCAAAUUUUAUUAAGGGAGUUUAUGGGCCAAGAUCAUACAUAGCUACCCAAGGCCCACUAGCGAAUUCUGUACUUGACUUUUGGAGGAUGAUCUGGGAAUACAAAGUUAUGAUCAUUGUCAUGGCUUGCCGUGAGUUUGAAAUGGGGAGAAAAAAGUGUGAACGCUACUGGCCGCUACAUGGGGAUGGAGUUCUCCACCUUGGAGAAUUUCAGAUUACUUGUGAAGCAGAACAAUCAAGAAAUGACUAUUUUAUAAGGACUCUAUUAGUGGAAUUCCAGAAUGAAUCUCGGAGAAUAUAUCAAUUCCAUUACAUAAACUGGCCUGAUCAUGAUGUUCCAUCUUCAUUUGAUUCUAUUUUGGAUAUGAUCAGUUUGAUGCGAGAAUACCAAGAACAUGAGGAUGUUCCCAUUUGUAUCCACUGCAGUGCUGGAUGUGGAAGAACUGGAGCCAUAUGUGCAAUUGACUAUACCUGGAAUUUGCUGAAAGCUGGGAAAAUUCCUGAGGAGUUCAGUGUGUUUAAUUUGAUUCAAGAAAUGAGAACACAAAGGCAUUCUGCAGUCCAAACAAAGGAGCAAUAUGAGCUUGUUCACCGUGCAAUAGCUCAGAUAUUUGAAAAGGAACUGCAAAGGAGUCAGUGCACUGAAAGUCUUUCUGACACUGACGACAUUAGUUCUGAAAAUACAACCAUUUCUUCGCUUCCGGACAAAUCUGAUUCACCACCACCAAAGCCGCCACGAGUACGAAG